ACCAAUACAAUUGAUUCACCCUGCCUCCUCCACUAAAUAAUCUUCGCAGUGAAAACGCGUUUUCAAUGGAGGAUUUUCAACAGCGCCGCCGGCGCCCCGCCCUCACAUACGGCAAACCGAUCAAGAAGCGGUUCCCGGACGCCCCUGGAAUUUUCACCACUCCGGACUAUGGCUCAGAAUCCCCCGAGAUCUCGGAUGAAGCUCAACAAAACAAAGAAGCGGCAGCAAUAUCGACAUCGACAUCGACACCAAGGGCAACAAUAACAACAACAAUCAUUCCUUUGUCACAGGCUACACCGGUCAGAGUGACGAAAGUACAGCAGCAGCGAGAGAAGGGGGAGAAGGAGAAAAUGGGGGGAUCGGUUCUGGUUGCUGACCCGGUACAGCAAGAGCAGCACCACCCACAGCAGAGAAAGAGCUCUUCGGGAGUGAACGGAAAAUCGACUUUUGCAAGGGCUUACCUUAGAAAUAUUACUCCCCCAGCUCCCCCGACCCAAUCUUCCAAGGAACUCGCAGCGAAAAAACUCGAUUCCGCAGAUAUCUUCGAUUUCGAGGUUUCCAGUGAUGUCGAGGAAGUUCCUGUUAUCCCCACGAGGAAAGGUGGUAGUAGGGGGUUGGUGAAGACUAAGAAGAAGCCGGCUAUUACUAGGCCUACUGCUGUCGCGGGCUUUGACGUCCCUUCCACCGAGAGCGAUAUUCCGGAGAGGAAAAUUGCCCUUUCGAAGAAGCGCUCUUACAAGAAGGGCGGAGGGGUUACCGUGCCCGAACCGAAGAGAAGGAAGUCGCUCAAGGACUCUGAUGAGGAGAUGGUCCUAUCUGUUGCGAAGGGCAAGGGGGCAAUCUCGGCCGCUUUGCCGAAAGGGAAGAAAGAUCUCAAGGGGGACAAAAUCACUUCAACUGCUAAGGUUACGAAGAAUUCUACUGUCUUGAAGGUAACCAAGCACUCCACUUUUGAGGUCUCAAUUCCAUAUACUCUUGAUGGGCAACCUUCAGCAAAGCCGACACUCUCCAAGAGCAUUGUCAAGUCCGAGGCACAGUUUCUUACAAAGAAGCAGGAACAGGAGAAGAAGUUGAAACCUCUCAUUAAACCGAAAUCGGCCCCUGAUCUUAUUGAGAGGAAGUGCGCCCCGCGUGAGAAGGUUCGGGAACCCCUCCCCAAACCUACCGCAGAAAAAGAAUCUGCAAAAAAGUCCUGCAAGACCACCCUCAAAACCAUUGCAGCUCCACGUGUACAAAAGGCGGUUCCGGCAAUGCUACCUGGCCUGAAGGCCAUGCAUGUUCCCAUAGAGCAGCCAGUGCUUGUCCGUGAAAGAUCAGUUGGUCCCAACAUAAGCGCUCCGGUCGAUAAGAAAGUUGGGAAAAAGGGUAAAGCUAAGGCUGCACCCAGGGGAAAUAAACGACUUAGUGAAGAGCUUUCCGAUGGUGGCGAGUUUGAUAUUCCCUUAAUUGCGGAGCUCCGACCUGUUCGUCGUCGCCGGCUGAUUGAUACUCUCGGGGGCGAUACCCGCGGAUCGAGAGCCGGAACGAGGUCAACUUCGGUCACCACUGAUUCCAGCGGGGAUGGCGAUUCUUUUACUCAGGAUGCACAGUAUCCACAAUUCCAACAGCUGUCGGAGUCUCAGAAUGGCUCGUCUCAGCUACAGGACUUGUUCCAAUUCGGAUCCCAGGGCCCAAAACCGCCUACCCUAAAGCCUACUUAUACCGCCGGUAGGAUUGGGCCUAAGGUUACUUAUGCACAGCAGAGAUCUUUCAAGGCCGACGAGAAUAUGUCUGAACAGAAUCUAUUCGGAAUCCCACUCAUGAUGAUGCCGUCUUCAUACUCAGGCAGGACGGGUGUCAACUUUGAUGAGGGGCUAGAGGAAGAGCCCCUUGCUACUGCUAAAGGGAUGAUGAAGAAUAUUCAUGAGCUUCGUGAGACGGGCAGCAAUAAUCGCUUCUUGGACGAUGUCGAGGACUUUUUUGGCGAUAUUGAAGGGAAGAACGUCCCUCUAGGGACUAAACGCUCUGGGUAUAUUGGACUUGCCUGCAAAAUGGUUGACAAGACGUUUGUUCGCAACUUUAGAGCCAACAACUUUGAUACACGUCUCUUGAAGCGUGUCGCUAAGCAGACUGAUGAGGUCAUUUGCUUUACGCUAGCAUUUAUGAUCGCCCGCCUGCUCUGGGAGGAUUCUACUGUCCAAGUACUCUCGGAAGUACGCGCCAAUGGAGCUCUGGAUAUGUUGGCCCGCACGCUUGACUUUGAGAGGGAUAUCAAGGUAGUUUCCAAAGAUAAAAAGACAAAUAUGUCGAAAGCUGCUCAAGGGAUGGUUGUGGAGUUGCGCACGCUUGUCGACAAGUCUACGGUUUUUCCUCAGUGCAAGCCGAGAGUCUAUUCGGCCCAGAUUAUGGGAUUGAUGGUCCUGGAGACGGUUAUUAGGAGGCUAAGAGCGACCGGUAUACAAGAUCGUAUCGUAUCCUUAGAUGUGCUGGGCAAACUUGUCACGAUGGUAAAGCCUUUCAUUACUCCCACCAAGGCUGGGAAGGCUUUAGAUUUGCUCGUCCUCGAGCUCCUUGUUUCUGCUUUGGAAGCUUGGGCGUGUGGGUUAGAUGUUGAGAUCGAAACCGCGUUUUCAAAAGACGAGCUCGCAACCUUGACUGAUAUUAUUCCCACCAUCAUAUCCCAGGCCGUCACCGGGGAUAAUGGAAAGUUCCAUGUUGGUGACUUUGACGUUAAGGAUAUCCUCUUGCUCACUCUCAGACUAAACAUCAAUAUGACGAAUGAUAGAAUAGAGGCCUGUGAUGCACUUGCCUCCUCCGACCUCAUCCCUAUCUUGAUUGAGUUGAUCCGCAGCAGAUUUGGUAUCCUUGAUGGCCAACUCGAGGAGGUCCCGCGUCUGGUUAACUUGGACUUACUCGUCCUUGGCCUUGGUCUCCUAAAUAACUUUGCGGAAAUGAGCAUCCCGGGGAGAUGCUCUGUUCUCAGAAAGGGCGAAACCGGCGUCCUCCUGCUCGACAUCUUGGUUAGACUGUUUCUUGCCCGAUUUUCUAAGACUGAAGACGCCGAUUCACUGGAAGAAUCCCAAUCAAAUGUUGGCUUCGGAUACCUUGCCAUCCUCCUCGGCAACCUCUGCCAGGACACCGAAAUUCGCAUCGCGGUCCGCAACCAGCUUCCUAACAAGAGCCUUAAUAUCUUGUACGAGUCUAUGGAGGUGUUUAUCGCGCACCAUCGCAAAGUUGACGAGCUCAAGGAUGAGAGUGAUAUCUUUUAUCAACUGGGCGAGGCACACUGUGCGUUUACGGAGCGAUUGGAGAGGGUUGUUAGGAGGUUAAAAGAAGGGUAUUAA